AUGCAGUACAUUGCAAGACUCCGGGACCGUCCCUGGCCCGGGACGGGUCUUCCUGGCGCGAGAGGAAGGAAGGAAGGUAAACACGGCUUGGCUUCCCAGGACCCAAGAACUCGCCUCAGAACCACUCGGAAGUGGUGUCGGCCAUGCUGAGAGGAGCACUGUGCUAGAAGACAGCACACACUUUGUGCCUCGACGGCCGCCACUUGUGCUGGCGCUGGUGCUGAAGUGAGGGUUUGAAGCGGGAAGCACAGUUCUAGGAAAUAGCAAACAACCCUUUGUUUCCUGACUGCCACCACUGGUGCUGAGGUGAGGGUCUGAGGCGGGAAGCACAGUUCCAGGAAAUAGCAAACAACCCUUUGUUUCCUGACUGCCACCACUGGUGCUGAGGUGAGGGUCUGAGGCCAGUGCUGUGCUCAACACUCACUGUGUCCUCACUGCCACUGACUUCAGGACUUCUUCCUGCAUCCCGUGCCUCACCUACUGGCUUGGUCCCUGAGUGUGGGGUCAGGGGAACCUUGCUGCCUGCCACAACUCCCCUGAUGUUCCUGCAAGACCUGCCAACUCCUCACAUCAAGAUCAGUGGAGGCUGCAAGACCUGGGUGGCUGGGACCAGCAGGAGCAGACUGCCACUGGUGUGAGGAUCAGGGUGGUCAGAAGAACCACCUCCACCACUGUUGGCAUCUCCAGCCAUAAAGGAAAGAAACUUGGAGUGUGAGAUAUUAGACUGAAAGCACGAUCACACGACACAGCCUUGCACACACUGGUGAAGGAAAGCCUGAAUGCCAAGGGUGUGGGAGAAGACUCCCUGGGAAGGAUGACCUCAACAAGUACACCCUCACACUCUGGUGGAAGACAUCAUGAACGCCAUGAUGGUGGUAGAAAAUUAAGUAAGAAUAGUACCCUUAACACACACACCCUUACACACACUGGUGAAAGAAACCAAGAAAGUGAAGUUAGUGGAAAAGGAUCCAGUGUGAAGAGUUCCUUCAACCAACGCACUGUUAGAUACAAUGGUGAAAAAAAUCAUGGAUGUGAAAUUUGUGGGAAACGAUUUACUCUAAAGGGUAACCUCAACAUCCACACACUCACACACACUGGUGAAAGAAAUCAUGGAUGUGAAAUUUGUGGGAAACGAUUUACUCUAAAGGGUAACCUGGACAGACAUAUCCUAACACACUUUGGUGAAAAAAAUCAUGAAUGUGAAUUUUGUCGGAAACGAUUUACUAGGAAAAGUACCCUCAACAGCCACACCCUCACACACACUGGUGAAAAAAAUCAUCAGUGUGAAAUUUGUGGGAAACAAUUUACUGAAAAGAGUAAUCUCAAUGACCACACCCUCGUACACACUGGUGAAAAAAAUCAUGAAUGUGAAAUUUGUGGGAAACAAUUUACUGAAAAGAGUACCCUCAACAAACACACCCUCACACACACUGGUGAAAAAAAUCAUGAAUGUGAAAUUUGUGGGAAACGAUUUACUCAGAAGAGUACCCUCAACAAACACACACUCACACACACUGGCGAAAAAAAUCAUGAAUGUGAAAUUUGUGGGAAACGAUUUACUAGGAAAAGUAUCCUCAACAACCACACUCUCACACACACUGGUGAGAAAAAUCAUCAAUGUGAAAUUUGUGGGAAACAAUUUACUGAAAAGAGUACCCUCAAUGACCACACCCUCACACACACUGGUGAAAAAAAUCAUGAAUGUGAAAUUUGUGGGAAACGAUUUAGUAAGAAGAAUAGCCUCAACAAACACACCCUCACACACACUGGUGAAAAAAAUCAUGAAUGUGAAAUUUGUGGGAAACGAUUUACUCAGAAGAGUCACCUCAAGAGACACUCUCUC